AUGUCAAUCGAGGGUCCGUGUCUCUGGGUGUCAUCUUUAUCUUCGCCGGUCUCGUCGCCUCUGUCCGCAGGCCUGUCCCAUUUGUCCGCGGUUGCUCGUCACGGAGAGCGGGUUUCUUCGGCGCCGAGAACUGUCUCGCCGCUAAUGCCACUGUCGAGGGAAAGAGAGCCUGGUGCUUCUAUGGGGGCCUCGAUCGGAUUGUCAUCCGACAUGCAACGACCCGGUGUGAAGGCUGAGAAUGCCUUGACCACCCCGGUGCCUGGGAGCACGGCUGGACCCGGUCCGUAUUCUGGGGGAGAGAUCUCCCAUCAGCGGCCUGGGACCGAGAGGAACGAUAUGCUUCCCCGGAUCAAGCUGGAGAUUCCGGGUGGUAACAGUGCAAACUAUGCAAUGUCGUGGCCCUACGUCGGUGCCGGUCACCCUGGAGAGUCGACAAAUGCUUCGAUGACCCUUGACGACAAGGAGGACCAUGACGACGAGUCAACCGUUAGUCCGACGGACGAGAGAGAAGGAACGGCGGAUCCCGAUGACAGCCAAACCUCGCCAUCGCUGGAGAAGAAGAAGAUGAAGCGAUUUCGGUUGACACAUAACCAAACCCGUUUCCUGAUGAGCGAGUUCACUCGCCAGGCUCAUCCUGAUGCCGCUCACCGAGAACGUCUGUCGCGGGAGAUUCCUGGGUUGACGCCACGGCAAGUCCAAGUGUGGUUCCAGAACAGACGGGCGAAGUUGAAGCGGCUGACUACGAACGAUCGUGAGAGAAUGCUAAAGUCGAGGGCGCUUCCGGAUGACUUCGAUACGACGAAAGUGUUGAGAACGCCGUUUGAUAGCCGGUCCACUGGUCAGACACCUAUUCCGUCGCCACAAGACUAUGGCGCUCCAAAUUCCAAUUUCGCGGCUUUGAGAGGACUUCGCACCGACUGCUACCAGCGUCCACAUGAAGACGAUUACCUUGUCUCGCCCCUUAGCUCUGCGUCGACCGCAGGAACUUACAUGUCUUCUGCUGGACAGGGACGAAGCGAAGGGGUGCCACAGUCGAACAUGGUGUUUGGCCGACCCGCUGCAUCUGCUUCUAUGUCCGAUCUGCACAGAACCUUCCGGGGCGACUACUCCAUCACCAGAUCCAGCAGUAUGUCCGAGUCGUCUACGCAGCCGUCAUCAUAUCACAUGGGAAUGCAACUCCCCAGUCGAUACGGCCCUCCUACUCCGUCCGGUCUACCCUAUGGGCGGCAGCCGUAUGGGGUUCACCCCGGCGCAAUGGUGCCAGCAUACGACCAGCAUCAGACAUUCGAAGGAUCAGUGUCACCAACAGACUCACAGGGAGCACACAUUUCCUACGAAAUGAGCAAUCUUGGCACUCAGCCCCAAAGUUACCAGCCACAACUCGCCCUAUCAACACAGAAAGACUUCAGCGGAUUAGGGAUGGGCGCGCAGAUCCCCCAGCACAGGCAACCGAUGUCCACCCUGCAAAGUCUCCCCGUCUCCGCAUCCCAAGAAUACCGCCCCUAUCCCUACGGAACCUCCUCAAUACCCUACCCCCAAGCCAACAACGUGUCAACCCUAAGCCUGCCCACUUCCUUUGCCCCCUCCGAGUCCGGCACCACCGCCCAAGACAUGCAGCAGAAUCCGCAAACCAUCGAAUCCCUGCGAAGCAAGUUCGGCAACCCAUCCUUCAACUAUGCCGGCUACAUGCAGCAAUAA